AUGUCUUCGAUGGGCGAGUCAAUCUACGCGGCGCAACCAGCACGUACCCUCCAUAACCCUCCAGAUCAGAGUCCCUACAGUGCUGUCUCGGCCGUCUCCUCCUUCAAUUUAGAAGCUCGUUACGAUUCUUCACUCGUCACGCCAAUCUCAAUGUCUACGACACCUUCAGUGCAAACAAAGCCGCUAGAAAGCCUGCACAAAGAAGUGCCUUUGCAACUAGAGCCUGCAAAUGUAUCUCCGUCAUAUCAUCUAUUCUGUGAGGACGAUUUCGGUGGCUCACGGUACCAUCACGAGCCGAUGAAACAUAAGGACUCGUUAAACACUUUGCAUGCGUCAACACCAGAUAGCGCCUUUCCUCCCUCACCAUACGAGCCCUAUUGGGGUUCAUUCGGGGUAUCUGCCACACCAGGAUCGGCCAGAACGUCAAUAUCUUCGCCACCAAUGCACCCCGCCCCUAGCCUCAACUCCGCCGGGGGUCUCAGCAAUGACAGCCGCAAUUCCCGUCAACCCACUCCGGGACGCAGACCCAGCAAUUACGGAACACAGAAUCAAGCUCCCAUAUUGAUUGCGCCCAAUCCUGACACCCUCCGGAAGGUAGAACCGUACCGUCAGAGCUCGCUGAAUUCCAACCAUUCAACUCCCCAUUCCCAAGGACCUUCCCAAGGCGGGUUCCCCGAAAAUAUAACAACGCUUCCGGCGAGCAAGAAGCGGAAAACGCCAGAGUAUGGCUUUGACAACGAGAUGAUCCUGGCCAGCGAUCUCUCGUUCGAAGAGCAACUGCUCCUCCAACUGUCAGAAGCCGAGCAACUUCCUUGGAAAGACGUGAUGAACCGGUUCAACGAACGCACCGGGAAGUCUAUGAAAGUGGCCGCGCUACAAAUGCGCAAAAAGAGACUGGUGGAACGCUUGAGAGUAUGGACCGACACAGAGGAGAGGGCCCUAACUAUAGCAUGGGAGGAGUACGAGACAGCCCGGUGGGACACUAUUGCCAAGAAUAUGCUCAAUCAUGGCUGCAAUGAUCGGUGGACCAAGGAAGCGGUGCAGCGGAAGUGGCACGAGCUGCAUCCACAUCCAGAGGACGGAAUGCCUACCAUGUCAGAGUAUGAACUGAUGACUCGAGGCCAUCACCGACCGGAAGUGGCCCCGUCAAUCGGCGGAUCUCGUGGGUCAUGGUCUGAUGUCCCUACUCACCACGGGCUGCCUGGAAUUUCUGAUGGCAUCGCCCGCUCCUUGCCCACUGGCGACGGUGACACCACCGCCAUCGCGGCAUCCUCCUCGAUGCGUUCUUCCAGCCUCGUCUCUGCUACCUCAACAGUAGCCAUGGAUGAAAUUCGCAGCCUCACGGCCAAUGACGCCAGCACACAACUAGCGCUCCAUCAACAGCAAACUCAGCUGAUGUUUGAGCAGCAGCAACGCAAACAACAACAGCAUCAGCAGCAACAACAUCAACAACAACAUCAACAACAACAUCAUCAUCAUCAUCAACAGCAGCAGCAGCAUCAGCAACAGCAGCGGAAUAGCUGGGCAACUCCUACUUCUUCAACUUCUUCACGGGGUUAA